GCCGGGCCCGCCUCGGCCCGCCCCUGUCCCUCCCCGCCCAGCCUCCCGCGCGCCCCUGUCAGACUGUGGCGGCCCGCAGCGCGGUGCGCUCUCCCUCAUCCUGCAGCCCGACGAGGCAGCUUGCGCACGGCACACCCCCAACAUCCUAGCCGGCGCUGCCGCCCGAGCUCUGCUCUGCUCCGCCCUUCCCGCCCUGGGCCGCACGCCCGCCUGUCCGCGGCGACAUGGCACACGCGUCGGCACGCUGCCCUAGCCCCCGGGGUUCCGGGGACGGCGAGAUGGGCAAGUUCAGGAAGGUGGCGCUCAUCACUGGCAUCACCGGCCAGGAUGGUUCAUAUUUGGCUGAGUUCUUGCUGGAGAAAGGCUACGAGGUCCAUGGAAUUGUACGGCGAUCCAGUUCAUUCAAUACAGGUCGAAUUGAACAUCUAUAUAAGAACCCCCAGGCUCAUAUUGAAGGAAACAUGAAGUUGCACUAUGGAGAUCUUACUGAUAGUACCUGCCUCGUGAAGAUUAUCAAUGAAGUGAAGCCUACAGAGAUUUACAACCUGGGAGCCCAGAGCCAUGUCAAAAUUUCUUUUGACUUAGCUGAGUAUACUGCAGAUGUUGAUGGGAUUGGCACUUUGCGGCUUUUGGAUGCAAUUAAGACCUGUGGUCUUAUCAACUCUGUGAAGUUCUAUCAGGCCUCAACAAGUGAGCUUUAUGGGAAAGUGCAAGAAAUACCCCAGAAGGAAACUACCCCAUUCUAUCCUCGGUCGCCCUAUGGGGCAGCAAAAUUGUAUGCUUAUUGGAUUGUGGUGAACUUCCGGGAGGCAUAUAAUCUCUUUGCAGUGAAUGGCAUUCUCUUCAAUCAUGAGAGUCCCAGAAGAGGAGCUAAUUUUGUUACUCGAAAAAUUAGCCGAUCAGUAGCUAAGAUUUACCUUGGACAACUGGAAUGUUUCAGUUUGGGAAAUCUGGAUGCCAAACGAGAUUGGGGCCAUGCCAAGGACUAUGUAGAGGCUAUGUGGCUGAUGUUGCAGAACGAUGAGCCAGAAGACUUUGUCAUAGCAACUGGAGAGGUCCAUAGUGUCCGUGAAUUUGUCGAGAAAUCAUUUUUGCACAUUGGAAAAACCAUUGUGUGGGAAGGAAAGAAUGAAAACGAAGUGGGCAGAUGUAAAGAGACCGGCAAAGUUCACGUGACUGUGGAUCUCAAAUACUACAGACCAACUGAAGUGGACUUUCUGCAAGGAGACUGCACCAAAGCGAAACAGAAGCUGAACUGGAAGCCUCGGGUCGCUUUUGAUGAGCUGGUGAGGGAGAUGGUGCACGCCGACGUGGAGCUCAUGAGGACCAACCCCAACGCCUGAGCGCGGCCUCAGAGCCCGGCGCCCUCCGACCUGUCGUCCCUCUUGGCGCCGGCUGGUGCGGGGUUACAGGCGGAGACACGCGCUGGGAUGUACCCGGGAGGGGCAGGCAAAUCCAGUCGGUACCCUGAGACCCUCGCCGCCACUGCCUUGUCCCCGCUGGCGGGAGCUAGGGCCGCCAGGUUUGUAGCAACCGGGACGUGACACUCCGGGAUUUGGCCGCUUUGCUUUUGUCGAAGCCUCCUCUGAAUGGUUUUGUGAAAUCAAGAUGUUUUAAUCACAUAUUCACAUAUUUACUUGAAAUUAUGUCACUUAGACAACUUAAAUUCUGGGGCCUUCAAAUUGUUUUUUUCUUAUUAAAUAUGAUCUUUUUAUGAACUA